UGUUCACUGAGCGCAGUGUGCGUGGAGAUUAGGUCCGAGCGCGCGCCCCAGGAAGGCAGUCCGCGAGCUCCAGCCGCCGCCGGCAGCAGCAGCCUCCGCGAACAGAGCCGCGGCGGAAGCGGGCGCAGGGGAGCGAGCCCGGCCCCGCCAGCCCAGCCCAGCCCAGCCCAGCCCGGCCCAGCCCAGCCUAGCCCAGCCCUGCCGACUCCCUCCCCACACCCGGGCAGCAGCCGCCGUCGCCUGGAGAGAAGGUGGAGGAAGAAAUCCAGCCCCUAGCACGCACGCACCAUCAUGGACCAUUAUGAUUCCCAGCAGACCAACGACUACAUGCAGCCUGAAGAGGACUGGGAUCGGGACCUGCUCCUGGAUCCGGCCUGGGAGAAGCAGCAGAGGAAGACGUUCACAGCCUGGUGCAACUCCCACCUGCGCAAAGCGGGGACACAGAUCGAGAACAUCGAAGAGGACUUCCGAGAUGGCCUGAAGCUCAUGCUGCUCCUGGAGGUCAUCUCAGGUGAACGCUUGGCCAAGCCAGAGAGAGGCAAGAUGAGAGUGCACAAGAUCUCCAACGUCAACAAGGCCUUGGAUUUCAUAGCCAGCAAAGGGGUCAAGCUGGUGUCCAUCGGAGCUGAAGAAAUUGUGGAUGGGAAUGUGAAGAUGACCCUGGGCAUGAUCUGGACCAUCAUUCUCCGCUUUGCCAUCCAGGACAUCUCUGUGGAAGAGACUUCAGCUAAAGAAGGGUUACUCCUGUGGUGUCAGAGGAAGACAGCCCCAUAUAAAAAUGUCAACAUCCAAAACUUCCACAUCAGUUGGAAGGACGGUCUUGGUUUCUGUGCCUUGAUCCACCGACACCGGCCCGAGUUGAUUGACUAUGGAAAGCUUCGAAAGGAUGAUCCACUCACAAACCUGAACACGGCCUUUGAUGUGGCAGAGAGAUUCCUGGACAUCCCUAAGAUGCUGGAUGCUGAAGACAUCGUCGGAACUGCCCGGCCAGAUGAGAAAGCCAUUAUGACUUAUGUGUCUAGCUUCUAUCAUGCCUUCUCUGGAGCCCAGAAGGCAGAAACAGCAGCCAAUCGCAUCUGCAAAGUGUUGGCCGUCAAUCAAGAGAACGAGCAGCUUAUGGAAGACUAUGAGAAGCUGGCCAGUGAUCUGUUGGAGUGGAUCCGCCGUACCAUCCCAUGGCUGGAGAAUCGGGUGCCUGAGAACACCAUGCAUGCCAUGCAGCAGAAGCUGGAGGACUUCCGAGACUAUCGACGCCUGCACAAGCCGCCCAAGGUGCAGGAGAAGUGCCAGCUGGAGAUCAACUUCAACACGCUGCAGACCAAGCUGCGGCUCAGCAACCGGCCUGCCUUCAUGCCCUCCGAGGGCAGGAUGGUCUCGGAUAUCAACAAUGCCUGGGGCUGCCUGGAACAGGCCGAGAAGGGCUACGAGGAGUGGCUGCUGAAUGAGAUCCGAAGGCUAGAGAGGUUGGACCACCUGGCAGAGAAGUUCCGGCAGAAGGCCUCCAUCCAUGAAGCCUGGACAGAUGGCAAAGAAGCCAUGCUUCGGCAGAAGGAUUACGAGACAGCCACCCUGUCUGAGAUCAAGGCCUUGCUCAAGAAGCACGAGGCCUUUGAGAGUGACCUGGCUGCCCACCAGGACCGCGUGGAGCAGAUCGCAGCCAUUGCCCAGGAGCUUAAUGAGCUGGACUACUAUGACUCGCCAAGUGUCAACGCUCGUUGCCAAAAGAUCUGUGACCAGUGGGACAAUCUAGGGGCUCUCACUCAGAAGCGGAGGGAAGCUUUAGAGCGAACAGAGAAGCUGCUGGAAACCAUCGACCAGCUCUACUUAGAGUACGCCAAGAGGGCUGCACCCUUCAACAACUGGAUGGAGGGAGCCAUGGAGGACCUGCAGGACACCUUCAUCGUACAUACCAUCGAGGAGAUCCAGGAGUGCAGAGUAGGCUGGUAUGACAAGACAUCUCCUUCUGAUGAGCAGGAGAUUGGGAGGAUUUCCAUUGAGAUGCACGGCACCCUGGAGGACCAACUCAGCCACCUGCGGCAGUAUGAGAAGAGCAUCGUCAAUUACAAGCCAAAGAUUGACCAGCUGGAGUGCGACCACCAGCUCAUCCAGGAGGCACUUAUCUUUGACAAUAAGCACACCAACUACAACAUGGAGCAUAUCCGUGUAGGCUGGGAGCAGCUGCUCACCACCAUUGCCAGGACCAUCAAUGAAGUGGAGAACCAGAUCUUGACCCGGGAUGCCAAAGGCAUCAGCCAGGAACAGAUGAACGAAUUCCGGGCCUCUUUCAACCACUUUGACCGGGAUCACUCCGGCACGUUGGGUCCCGAAGAGUUCAAAGCCUGCCUCAUCAGCUUGGGUUAUGAUAUUGGCAACGACCCCCAGAAGAAGACGGGCAUGAUGGACACAGACGAUUUCCGCGCCUGCCUUAUCUCCAUGGGUUACAACAUGGGAGAGGCAGAGUUUGCCCGCAUCAUGAGCAUUGUAGACCCCAACCGCUUGGGCGUAGUGACAUUCCAGGCCUUCAUCGACUUUAUGUCCCGAGAGACGGCUGACACCGAUACUGCAGAUCAGGUCAUGGCUUCCUUCAAGAUCCUGGCUGGAGAUAAGAAUUACAUCACAGAGGAUGAGCUGCGCCGCGAGCUGCCCCCUGACCAAGCCGAGUACUGCAUCGCAAGAAUGGCCCCCUACGCGGGCCCCGACUCUGUGCCCGGUGCUUUAGACUACAUGUCCUUCUCCACGGCACUGUACGGCGAGAGCGACCUCUAACCCGCCCCCCCCCCCCCCCUGGCCUUCUGCGCGUGCGCCCCACCCUGCUCCUCCUCCUCCGCCCAGUCUGGCUGGCUGGGUUCGUUUUUUUCAGCUCAGCCACCAAGGGGGCAGAGCUCCGACCCAGGCGGCAUCAAGCCUCCCUGCCCACAAAGUGACAGUUUACAAAAUUAUUUUCUGCAAAAAAGGAUAAAAAAAAAAGUUACGUUAAAAAAAAGUUUAAAAAGAAAAAAAAAAACCAAAAAAACUACAUAUUUUAUUAUAGAAAAAAAGUAUUUUUUUCUCCACCAGUCUUAAAUGGAAAAGAGGAAAAAUUAACUAUUUGCACCGAAAUGUUUUUGUUUUGACAUAGGAAAAUAACCAAGCACAAAGUUAUAUUCCAUUCUUUUUACUGAAGUUUUUUCCUCCUACCUGUUCUGUCUGCUGUAUUCAUUUCUCUAACUUCAUGUCCACUUGGGGGUGGGGUAGGUGGGUACUCUGAUCAGAGGCACACUGGUGCAUGUGUGUUUGCUAGCUCACUUGUCCAUGAGACUAUUUUAUGAUAUUAAAGAAAACCUUUUGAAAUGGCUGCUUUUCAAAGAAGAUAAUUCAUGGCUUCUCAUUUUUCAGUCUCCUCAGAAGUGUGGCUGGCCUGUUUUAUGACUGCAGAGUUGUUGUUUUUUAAUUUUGAAUAUUGCCUAUUAAAGAUAGGACAAACUUGGAGAUUAUGAUGUUGCUUGGCACAGACUGUAUUAAAACAGCACUCCCGUGA